CUCGCUGCUGCAGAGCGGUGUGUUGACUUCUCAGUCGGCUCUCUCACGAACUUGUCACUAGAAACUUUUACCACAACACGGUGUUGUGUUAAUUUACGGAUGUUGAACUUGUCCGUCGAGUUUUUAUCGAACAGUAACAGUUUUAGUUUUCAGAAAGGAGCUAAAGACCCGUGUUUCCUCGAGCCUAUCAUGCUGAACACAGAGGAAAGUUCUUGGUUAGCUGGGUCACGGCUGCCGAGCUCUAUCCCUCAUUCUCCAGGGCCUCAGUGGUGCUCCGAUGCCCCUCACCCACAACUGAAGAUCCCGGGUGGGCGAGGGACUGUCAGGGAUCACUCUCUCGGCGUGCUACUACACAAGGAUGAGAAGUUAACGGUGACGCAGGCAGCCCCAGCAGGUGGGGACCCCUCUUUUCUCCGCUUUCACUACCAGCUGAAUGAGCGCCGCUCGGCCUCCUGGGAAACAGCUCUAUCAGGAGACAGCCUCUUCCUGGAGAUCCCUGCAGGGCCGCUGGUAGAGGGGAGCAAAGAGGGGCUAACUGCUCUGCUCGAGUUUGCGGAAGAGAAGCUUAAAGUUAACUAUGUGUUCCUGUGGUUCCAUAAAAACAGAGAGGACCGAUUGUCCAUCAUCAAGACGUUCCACUACAUGGGCUUUGAGAUGGUGAAGCCGGGCCACCCCAUGGUGCCAGCCCGGCCCGAUCUAGCCUUCAUGGUUUACUCUCUGGACAACAGCAGCUCAGACGAGGAGUGACUGCCACACCGUCUCCUGACACCUCCCUCGCCCACCCUCACCCCCUCCCUCUCUGCCUCCCCCCCUAGAAACAUGCCCUCCGUCUGUUUGCUCCCUGAAGCAGUUGAACCCACAGAAAAUCCUUCAUCACUGACCGGGUGGUGUCACCUCUUUUUUAAGACUUGUGAUUUAAGGGGGAUGUUUCGGAGUGAUAGGAUUCUCAUGUGACGCAGACACCAACCGCCCCCGCCUCCUUUCCCUUCUUCCCUGAGGAUAUCUGCAGAUUGGAUAAACAGGGAGCAGCGUAGCUUGAACUAAGCCAUCACGUGCAUUUUGGGAUUUUGGCUUUUUUAUUAUUACUAUACUACUUUUCCUGGUUAGUGGUUUCUCUGUUGGCCACAUUAUUUGUUUGUGCUGCCAUCAACAAGACAAACAACCGUUUGACUUUCAGGAGAAGGUGGCGUUUUACAUCACAAUUCAGCAUAUCUCUCCUCCGACCACUACGACCUUUUAUAAGAAGAGACUUUGGUUUGUCGUGUGCUCUGUAUCAUGCAAGCUGUGUUUGGUAGGGGUUAAAAGAGGAAAUUACAGGUUUGGUUAAUGAAAUAUUGUGAUGGUUCAUUAUGCGAAUAAGUAAAAGCCUGAUCUGUUACAUUUCACAUUAAAGCACAUGUAACAUUUCUUGACUCUUCUUCCUGGUAUAUGUUCAGGCAUCAUUCCAGCACAUGUCACCCCUCUCUGGGGUUUUGUUUUUCACUCCAACACUCUAGCCACAAAUGUGGAAAUACCCUGUUAGUCUCUGCAGACACGUCAAAGCUAAGACACAGCCUGUAUGUUGAAUGUCGCAACAGGGUAGCUGCCAGCUCACGAGGUGAACACCUUCCCUCCUCUUCCUCCUCCUCCCUCUCUGCACUAUAAUCAAGCUGUCAAACUGACAGUGCGAGUUAUUGACGAGCCUGAGAGGAGGUCACACACACAAAGAAAUGCUUAGAGGCUUUUGUUUUUUUUCAGAGAUAAGCUGAAUAAUUGUUGACAUAAGAUGGUCGGCUUCGAAGAGGAAUUCCACUUACCGUUACUUUGCAUUAAAAUGUUCACGUAAUGUAUGAAUCAAGUGAAGCUUCAGCCCCAGUUUGUGCAUCUUACGUAUUUUUAUUAUGAGUCCCAGAGCUAGAAAACCCCAGAAAGUUGUUUUACAGCACUUACUGUUCGAUCAUGAUCCAAACGAAUAAACAGUAUGCUUCACGAUAAAAAAGCUAUGUAAGCCAUGUCCUAUUUAGGAAGCUGGAAAUUGACAUGGUCACAAGAAACGCAUUAUGUUGUAUGAAAGUGUAAAACAGUACAGUUUAAGAUCAACGCAGGCACAACCUGGGGCUGGUGAGGCUUCACUCAGCCCUGUAGAGUCAUCCGUAGAUCGAUCCCGCACCAGUUUAAAGCUCGAUUGACACGAGGCUUUCUGUGCCUAAAGAGGAGCGUGCAAUGUUAAUAUUUUAUACUCUAAAGUCUUAUUGAGGAAUGUUUCCCACAAUUCAUCCCGUGCAGAUUUUAAACCUGUGCUAUGUGAGGAAGGAGCUCAUCGUAGCGGUACAAGAGAAGCACUUCAGGUGAUAAUCAUAUAUGCAAUUAGAGUUAAAAAAACACAAGAUUUUUUUAGCUUUGUGGUUUUUAGUAACAAACGCCAAAGAGUUCAUUCUAUCUGUCGCACGCUGUCGAUUCAAAUCUUGUUUUGGACAAAUUCAGCUAAUUUAAUCUCAGUAUGUAAAGCAAUAUAAACCUACAUUCCCCAUGCCAGCCAUACUACCUGUAACACCUCAGAGAAACAUGAUAGUAGUGUGUUCCAUAUUGGUGUUGGGACGGGGUGGGGGCCUUUUUUCUUCUGCAUGUGUUUGGAUCAUAUGAGUCUUCGUUGCUACUGAUCGAGCCCUGACUGCGAGCUGUUAGGAAAAUGUCAAUAUAUUGAAUUUUCUCAGAGGUAUAUUUUUAUGUAUGUAUAUUUCUCAAAUGUUUACUGUGAUAGUUUAGGGAUUUAUUUUUUUGUUUCUCAGUGAUACAGUUAGCAAGCAUUCGAUGACAAUCCACACUUGUAUACUCUGGAAAUUUUUGUCUUGGGGGAAAAUAAUAAAACUUGUUAUCUAAACAGUG